AUGCGCGACUCAGACGAGGGCAAGAUCCAAGCGGCUGUGAACAAACUGAUGCAGCCCUUCCAGCCCAACAAAAGGGAGGAUGAGGUGGUUGAUCGCGAAGUCAUCCACACCAUCCGCCAACGGGUGGAGGGUUGGGGCCAGCACGCGACCAUCAUCACAGGCCGGUACGGCUCCGGCAAGUCGGUCGCUCUCCAAGAAGCCCUCAGGGGCGUGCAGGGCGUCUUCGAGCACUGCGUAGAGGACAAGGGCUGGAAGGACGCGUUGUACAAGAGCCUCGGUGUGGACGGCCUCGGCAUGCUGAAAGAGGUCCUCUGUGAAGUUGGCCGCAAGCUCCAGGAGCUUGACGGUGUGGCGACCCAGGCGCCCAUCCUUGUCCUGGACAUCCCCCGUGAGACCAGAAAAGGAAUGGACUUGAUCUCCAUUCUUGCCAAGGAGCUGUCUUCGGACAAGAGGGGCGCGGCUGCGCAUGUGAUCGUGUGCGCGUCCUCGGCCGCCAUGGCCAUGGCCUUCGACGCCGGUGGCCGCCAGCGUCAGAAGGACAUUUGGGUGGGCGACUUGACCGAUGAUGAGGCAGAGCGUUUGCUGGCCCUCCACGGCCACAAGGAGGAUUGGCUGCAAUUCACAGAGGAGUGUGGCUUGCGGGCGCUGGACUUGGUGAGUGCUUGCGAGCGCUACACCGGGCCGGAGAGUCUGGGGACCAUGAAGGCGGACAUGGAGCAGGAGGCCCGCAAGGAGGUGAAGAAGUUCCUGCUGUGCGAGUUCCAGACGCUCCGCGGCAUCAUCCCCGCAGGCUCCAACAUCCUCACGGCCCUCAAGACCAACCGCGACUCAGGGGAUGGCCAGGGCGUCGAUGAGAUGAGCGUCGGCCUGGGCGCAUCGCCAAGAGAUGUCACCAACUGGAUCCGAGAAAAAGAUGCCCAUCCUGUGAUUUGGCACUUGCCAGACAGCAAGUACAGGUUUGCCUCAGAGCUGCAUGCCAAGGUUGCGGCCGAAAUUUUGGACAGCCAGUCCCAAUCAUCUCCGUAGUGGCCAGUUUAAAGACGCUGAGGAUUUGCCGAGCAGA